AUGCCAGAACACGCCUGGGAGUACGUCACGGUGGCUACGAGCGAUUUAAUUCGAAACCAUGCCAAGAUCUCCAGCCAGAACGCCUCCAAUCGACUAGGCGUCCAUGGUGCAGGCCCCCUCAGCCUGAGCAAACCCAGAAAACAGCUGCUCCCAGAGCUCUUAUCGCGUUAUCUGCAACCGGCUCCUUCUCACAUCCGGCGGGAUCAAACCGAGACUGUCGCGAUUCAUCGACGAUGGAGGAAGAUAAGCGUGCUCUGCUUUAUAGGUGGACGCUUCGGCGAGUCCGCCGACGUCGGCUGGGCCGUCGGCAUGUCCAGAGCGUCAACCCGUCAACGACACCAGAAACUGAGAAACCACCAGCAGCACUCGCGUUUUGUCAUCCACGCGGCCCCUGGAGAGAAGACCGAGGACCGGCGGGUACACACCAGCGAGCUGUACCCAUUGAUAAGCUUCGAAGACGAUGGAGACAGCUCCGUUGUCCCAGAACGGGCAAAAUGA